AUGGGAUUAAAAUAUAUAUUUAUUUUAACGGUUUGCGUUUUACAUACAAAUGCGUGGUCCGACAACAGGCUUCGAAGGUUUAACAAAGAUUUUAUGUUUGGCGUUGCAACAUCCGCAUACCAAGUAGAAGGUGCCUGGAAUGUCGAUGGUAAAGGUGAAAGCAUGUGGGACAGAUACCUUCACACCCGACCUGACGUGAUAGCUGAUGGUAGGAACGGUGAUGUCGCCAGUGAUUCCUAUCACCAAUACAAACGAGAUGUCGAAAUGUUGCGUGAACUUGGCGUAGAUCACUACAGGUUUUCGAUUUCAUGGCCACGGGUGCUUCCUACAGGUUUUACAAACAUUAAGAACGAAAAAGGUCUCGAAUACUACGAUAAUUUAAUAAACGAAUUACUUAAGUACAAUAUAGAACCGAUGGUCACGUUGUACCACUUUGAUUUGCCCCAAACUUUACAACAGUUGGGUGGUUGGGCCAGUCCUCUGGUGGUUCAGUGGUUUGAGGACUACGCUAAAGUCCUGUUCGAAAGAUACGGAGAUAGAGUCAAGUACUGGAUAACUAUAAACCAACCAUCGUUUUGUUUUGAAGGCUAUGGAGGUAUAAUGGCUCCCGCACUAAAUUCUAAAGGAAUAGGAGAUUACAUGUGCUUGAAACAUGUUUUACUUGCCCAUGCGACGGCCUACAGACUGUACGAAAGGGAAUAUAAGAAGAAAUAUAAGGGUUCCGUCGGUAUAUCCUUAUCUCUAAACUACGGUUUCGGAUUCGACAAUAAAACAGAAAAUGAAGAGGCGGCUGAAAUUUAUAGAGAUUUUACUAUUGGUAUGUACAUGAACCCAAUUUGGUCGAAAUACGGCGAUUUCCCGAAAACGGUGAAAAGCAGAGUAUUGAAAAAGAGCAAAGAGCAGGGAUAUGAAAUGUCGCGUCUACCCACAUUAAGCCCGGAGGAAAUUAAACUUUUGAAAGGUUCAGCUGAUUUCUUAGGUGUAAAUCACUAUACGUCAGUGUUAGUCAAACCUCAAAAAACCGAAAAGUUUGAGGUACCGUCAUUUGAAGACGACAUAGGCGUUGAAAUAUCGCAAAGUGUUCAUUGGCCACAAUCAAAGAGUUCAUGGCUGAAAAGUUCCCCAUUCGGAAUCUACCGCCUAUAUAUGUACAUAAACCAAAAAUACGACUACCCUCAAACAUUUAUAACCGAGCAAGGCUGGUCCUCCGAGCCGGGUCUCAACGACCGAACGAGGGUAGAUUAUUUAAGGGAAUAUUUAGUCGCAGUUUUAUUUGCUAUUGAAGAUGGAGCUCAAAUAAUGGGUUAUACUGUUUGGAGCCUGAUGGAUAAUGUUGAGUGGGUUGCUGGUACGAGUGAACGUUUUGGCCUGUAUGAAGUAGAUUUUGAGUCUGAAGAAAAAACAAGGACAGCUAGACUGUCAGCACUAGUCUAUAAACGAAUAAUACAAAAGAGGAUUGUCGAAAAAGAUUGGGAACCAGAUAAUUGGAAAAUAUCCAUAACACAAAAGAAGAAAAAAGAUGAAUUGUAA